AUCUGAAAGAAAACAACAAAGGGGUCAAUUCCUUUAAUUUCAGAAGCAUGAGGAUUUGUAAUUACAAAAAGAUUUUUUCAAAGUUAAUUAACAUAGUUUCAUUUGUAGGAUUGACUUUGAUACCAUGCUGCGAAAGCACCGCAAUAAACUCCGGAAAGCUGAAUUGUGGUAACCAUGGUAACCGGGUUGGGGCGAAAACUGCUCCCACCGCAUCCCGGGAAGCGCGGCCGGAACGCUCCGAGGUAGUUUGGUCUGUUAGCCACGCCGUAGGUCGCGGUGCAUGCUGGGUCUUAGCAAUAUGGCGUCCUCCUUGAUGUGCUGAUGAGAGGAGUUUCACUGUAGCUUCAAACCAGAGGGCAAAACUCCCCAAACCCAAUAAUCCCCCAUUGCCUGUUUCCUCCGCGGCUCCGUGUCACCCGUUUCUCAGGACUCGUUCUCAGUCUGGAGAGAGCCACGGGGCCGAAGGUCAGGACCGGCCAGGCCGCGCGGACCCGGGGCUGAGGAGCCGGCUGCGGGCGAGCACGAUGGGCCGGUCCUGGCUCUGGUUGCAGCAGCUGCGGCGCGUGCGGCACCCGCAGGGCUGAAAGUGGCUGGAGGAGCCCCGAGGUGCUCUGAACCUCCUCCUUGCGUCCGGAGACCUCAGCCCCGUCGGCGAACCGGCAUCAGGAGCGGGCGGCCUGCCUGCCCUCGCAUCGGCUGAGGCGUCGGAGGCCGAGCGCAGGGUCAUCGUGAGGCCUGAAGCCUCGCGCGCCUUUGACAGCUCCGCUCGCAGCCCCUCCGGGAGCAGACGGCCCCAGAAGUAGCCAGGGGCUUGGGUCUGGGGGCGUGUGCGCCUGGGCAGCGCUCCCUGGGCUGCCCCCCACCCCCGCGACCCCGUCCGACGUCCCUCGGAGAGAAAGAAGGAUUUCAGCGGACGGUGGGCCAGAGUGAGGGGCUCCGCCCGCUCUCCGCUCCUUUCUCUGCCGACGCCCCCUUCUCCUCGUUCCUGUUUCACCAGUUCUGGGAACACACUAGUGUUUAAGGCUGGAGGUUCUCGAGCGCUUGCUGCCCAGGACUCCCCCACCCCCACCGCCCCUGAUGGAGUCCGAAAUGCUGCAGUCGCCCCUUCUGGGGCUCGGCGAGGAAGAUGAGGCCGACCUGACAGACUGGAACCUGCCUUUGGCUUUUAUGAAGAAGAGGCACUGCGAGAAAAUUGAAGGCUCCAAAUCCUUAGCCCAGAGCUGGAGGAUGAAGGAUCGGAUGAAGACCGUCAGUGUGGCCUUGGUUUUGUGCCUGAAUGUCGGUGUGGACCCUCCCGAUGUGGUGAAGACCACCCCCUGUGCGCGCUUAGAGUGCUGGAUCGAUCCUCUGUCCAUGGGUCCUCAGAAGGCUCUGGAAACCAUUGGUGCAAAUUUACAGAAGCAAUACGAGAACUGGCAGCCAAGGGUGCACUGGUUCCGCUUCAGCCCCAGCACCAUGGACCAAGGGCAGGUCUUACAGCGCUUCCAUGCACGGGAGCAGCCGGCAGGAAGUGUGCCAGCGCUAGCCACGCUGAGUCCCCGCGUGGACACAGCCCGAACGCCCAGCCGGCAGUGA